UGCUAUUAAGUUGCGCGAAAUGUUUAGUUCUGCCGUUGAUAUUGUAGUAAAAGCGUGCACUUUGGCGUUUGGAAACUAAGAUAAAACCAUGGAACUGGUUAUUUUCUCAUACGUAUUGUUUCAUUUUUGUGCCGUAGCGUAUGGGCUCAAACAAUCUUUCGCUUACGAGUUAUACUCAAAAAAUGAAAUAAAAGGAAAUGUAAUUUUUCAUUUUGAUACAAAUUCCGUACAAGCAUGUGUUGCCCUCUGUGAUGACACAUACGGUUGCCUGUCGGUAAACUUUCAUAAAGAAAAUGGAAAAUGCAAGCUUACCGACUACUAUCCCCUUGACGAGACGAAGUCGGGUAAGCCCGAGAAAGGCUGGAAAAUCUUCUUCCGAAGAAACUUUGAUAAAGAUCUUUUAAAAGAAGCCACAGCGUGGCAGUCUUCUACAUACACCCACUGGCAAAGUUCUUUAACUGCAGACAAGGCCAUUGAUGGAAACACGGACAGUAAUUUAGACGGACAAAGCUGUUCACACACAGACAAUUUGUUCUCUUAUUGGGCGGUGGAAUUCGGUACAUCCGGUCCUGUAAAGGAAGUUGAAAUCUGCUUGAGAAAUGACGCGUGUAGGCGCAAUACAAAUUUCAGAGUUACUGUUUCGGACAGCCGUGAUGACGUCAUCAACGAUGGCGGGAAACUAUGCGGUACAUACUUCGGUCCACAGGUUGACAAAGAUCCUUUCCGGCUUACAAUUACCUGUUCGAAUACACUCUACGGGAAGUUCUUAAAAAUCAAACAUGAGAUGGAGGACCUUAUGACAUUGUGUGAAGUGUUUGUUUAUACACCAUAGUGACAAUAAGUGUUGUUGCUAUUUCAGUUGUGUAUGUAUUGUUUCACAUAGUAUUUACAUAUGUUGUCGGAUAAAAGUGGAACAGCUAUGUACCAAAACAGAAGUGAGAUACAGUAGUAUGCUAAGCCAUAUUACACAAGCUGUGUUUAAUAUUAAGUAGAUUUAAUGUUUGAUUUACAUAUUCCGUAAUAGAGGUUCUGUUCGUUUCUUUUUAAAUAGUUAAUGACUACACGGACAUAAACCAGUGCUUUAAAGAACACUAAGGAUUGAUUAAGUGGCAAGGACUUAUUCUAAAUCAGUACUUGAACAAGAAGGAUUGAUUUAGCGGCAAGGACUUAUUUAAAGUCAGAACUUGAAAACGAAGGAUUGAUUUAGCAUCAAGGACUUAUCUUAAGUCAGUACUUGAACACGAAGGAUGGAUUUAGUGGUAAUGACCUAUUUUAAGUUAGUACGUAACCACCUAGGAUUGAUUUAGCGGCAUGGACUAAUUUUAAGUCAGUACUUGAACACUAAGGAUUGAUUUAGUGGCAAGAACUUGUUGUAAGUCAGUACUUGAACACAAAGGAUUUAAUUAGUGGCAAGAACUUAUUUUAAGUCAGUACUUGAACACUAAGCAAGGACCUAUUCUUAGUCAGUUCCUGAACAUUAAGGAUUGAUUUAGUGGCAAGGACCUAUUUUUUAGUCAGUACUUGAACACUAAGGACUGAUUUAGCGGCAAGGAUCUUUUUUAAGUCAGUACUUGAACACUAAGCAAGGACUUAUUCUAAGUCAGUGCCUGCACAUUAAGGAUUGAUUUAGUGGCAAGGACCUAUUUCUUAGUCAGUACUUGAACACUAAGGACUGAUUUAGCGGCAAGGAUCUUUUUUAAGUCAGUACUUGAACACUAAGCAAGGGCCUAUUCUAAGUCAGUGCCUGAACAUUAAGGAUUGAUUAAGUGGCAAGGACCUAUUUUAGUUAGUACUUGAACACUACGGAUUGAUUUAGCGACAAGGACCUAUUUUUAGUCUGUACUUGUUAUUAAUUUUUGGCUCGCAGUUUUGAAAAAAGAAUUGUAUUACUACUUCUGGAGAUCUCUUCGAAUGUUGUAUAACUUAAACAAUGUUUAGGUUUUGCAAAAUUAUGAAAAAUUCUGUUACGAAAUUGAUGAAACAAACGUCCAAUUUGAUGUUAGUUGCUAAUCCUAUCCGAUUUUAGACAAAACCCAUUGAAUGUGAAACUUUUCACUAUAUUGCUUAUCUAGCUUUAUACUAUUUACCUACUAAAUUCCUUCUUCAUAAAAGAAAUGAAAGUACUAGUAUAUGUAAAUGCAGUAAAGUUUUCAGAUUCCGAAUGCCUUUAUACCAUUUGUAAGCUGGUACUAUUUUGGUGAAACCGUAAGAUGUUUAUAUAAUUGUUGCCAUGGUUACCUUCAUAUUUCAGCUUGCACAAAAUGAUUAAUAGGUCAAUUCUGCGCUAGACUACAACAUAACGUAAUUGAUAAAUAUACUUCUUAUGUGCAUGUAGUUUAUAGAUGUGUUCACAUUAAAACAUACA